AUGCAGAGUUCAGAGGGUGGAUCAGACUCAGCAGCUUCUGUGGCCCUUCACACUUCUGCCUCAGCCCAGGCUCCAGUAGUGCAGCCAGUGCCAGCCUCGCAGCAGAGGGUUUUGGUCCAGGCAGCAGGCUCUGCUCCCAAAGGAGCACAGAUGCAGCAGAUCUCUGUUCCCAGAGUCCAGCAGGUUCCACAACAGGUGCAAUCUGUGCAGCAUGUAUAUCCAGCCCAGGUCCAGUAUGUGGAAGGAGGAGAAGCUGUUUAUACCAAUGGAACCAUACGAACCACCUACUCCUACAACACCGAAGCUCAGAUUUACGCCCCCAGCAGCGCCGCGUCCUAUUUCGAAGGGCAGGGAGGUGGAGCUCAGGUGACUACAGCGGCGUCCUCUCCUACAGCCAUUCCCUCUCACAACAUGGUGGGCAUCACCAUGGACAUUGGGGGAAGUCAGAUCCUCUCCGGCUCGGGAGCCUAUCUCAUUCAUGGGGGGAUGGAAAACACUAGACAUUCUCUGUCACAUACUUCACGCUCCUCUCCAGCAACGCUUGAAAUGGCGAUUGAAAACCUACAAAAAAAUGAAGGGAUUACAUCACACAAAAGCAGUUUGCUCAACAGCCAUCUCCAGUGGCUCUUGGACAACUACGAGACGGCGGAAGGCGUGAGCCUCCCCAGGAGCUCCCUCUACAACCAUUACCUCCGGCACUGCCAGGAGCACAAGCUGGACCCGGUGAACGCCGCCUCCUUCGGGAAGCUGAUCCGCUCCGUGUUCAUGGGGCUGAGGACUCGGCGCCUGGGCACCAGGGGAAACUCCAAAUAUCAUUAUUAUGGGAUCCGUCUAAAGCCAGAGUCUCCGCUCAACCGCUUGCAGGAGGACACCCAGUACAUGGCAAUGAGGCAGCAGCCCAUCCACCAGAAGCAAAGGUACAGGCCAGCUCAGAAGAUGGAUGGUGUGGCAGAGAGUGGCUCCAACAGCAACCUGCACACGACGCCCGAGCAGUCGGUUGCUGCUCAAAGUCAACAUCAUCAGCAGUUCAUAGAUGUAACCCAUGUCUUUCCUGAGUUCCCAGCCCCUGAUCUAAGUAACGUCCUCUUACAAGAAGGAGUCACCAUGAAUGAUGUGAAGACUCUGCAGCUUCUUUACAGGAGACACUGCGAGGCAACUCUGGAUGUUGUCAUGAAUCUUCAGUUUCAUUAUAUUGAGAAGCUGUGGCAAUCCUUCUGGAAUCCUAAAACCCCAUCUAGUGAUGGCUCUGCUGCCCUGCCAUCCAGUGAAGAAGAGCACGAAGGGACCCUCCCAAAGGACAAGCUGAUCACUCUGUGCAAAUAUGAACCCAUCCUCAAAUGGAUGAGGAGCUGUGACCACAUCUUGUACCAGGCCCUGGUGGAGAUUCUCAUCCCAGACGUGCUCAGGCCAGUGCCCAGCACCCUCACACAGGCCAUUCGGAACUUUGCCAAGAGUCUGGAAGGGUGGCUGAUGAAUGCCAUGAGUGAUUUCCCCCCCCAGAUUGUGCAGACCAAGGUGGGGGUGGUGAGUGCCUUUGCCCAGACCUUGAGGAGAUACACCUCCCUGAACCACCUGGCUCAGGCUGCCCGUGCUGUGCUGCAGAACACCUCCCAGAUAAACCAGAUGCUCAGCGACCUCAAUCGCGUCGACUUCGCCAACGUGCAGGAGCAAGCCUCGUGGGUGUGCCAGUGUGAGGAGGGCAUGGUGCAGAAGCUGGAGCAGGAUUUCAAGCUCACUCUGCAGCAGCAGAGCUCUCUGGACCAGUGGGCUAACUGGCUGGAUAACGUCGUCACUCAAGUCCUGAAGCAUCACGAGGGCAGCCCCAGCUUCCCCAAGGCAGCCAGGCAGUUCCUGUUGAAGUGGUCUUUCUAUAGCUCCAUGGUGAUCCGUGACCUCACCCUGCGCAGCGCUGCCAGCUUUGGGUCCUUCCACCUCAUCCGCCUGCUCUACGACGAGUACAUGUUCUAUCUGGUGGAGCAUCGGGUGGCCCAGGCAACGGGGGAGACGCCCAUCGCCGUGAUGGGAGAG